AUGGCUGCCACUCUUGAUAUCGCAAUCCUCAAGCAAAAGAGUCUCGACUUUGUGAAUCUGAUCGGCAACGAACAUGACACGACCUCAGCAAAAAUCGUCAACCUUCUCGCCAGGGAGUUCGCAGUACAGCAUGCCGAGCUCCCUCCCUCUGAGGGAGGUCGCGAUGCCUUUUUGACCAAGCUAGGAGACAGGUUGAAGCUUGCCAAAGGGCAUGCAAGUAUUGAGGUGAAGCGUGUGGUUGCAGAAUUGUUCGACGACGGGUCUAAGGGCGGGCAAACCUGGGUUUACAGCAGGAAAAACACCCCGUUUGGAUCGGCCGACAGCAAGGUCAAAUUACGUUUUGUCAGGACCUACACGGUCCCAAGUAUGGAACAUAUUCAAGCUUCUUCAAAUGGCUCGUGGAAUAUGUGUUUGGAAUACAGACUCACCAUUCAUACCUAG